UUGGCAACUGAAAAGCAUUAUAAUAUGGCGAUUAUUUAGCAAGUGUGCGAAACUUUUUGAAACUCAAAACCUUGUGAGACAUGUCAACGUCAAAGUCCCGCAAAAGUCAAUACCUGAACCCAGGUACAAGCCAAGUUGCAGCCAGCACCACAUCACGGAAGGGAAAUGUUGGGGCCUCAGUAAAUAAGAGCAAAUAUGGAGGGGGUGGUACCAUGUACGCCAGUGUCCGAUCACGGACAAAUAUCCUGUCAUCAGCCAGUAAAAGAAGUGUGGCUCAGAGUGACAAGGCAGUUACCAAACCACCUGUUCAGGUUUUAGAUGAAGCCGGUAAUGAUGUAACUCCUCUUCCCCUGUUACAUUCCGAUCCAUCAGCUGUGAAAAAGAACCAGAGUAACAUUCUAGCCGACAGCUCAGCUGGAACACCCACAGAUCUCAUGUCGCAAGCCUCCAUUUACAACACAGGAAAUGUCACAGCAAGUACAUUUGGAGGUGGACCCUUUACCAGGUCUGUGUUCAGUGCAUCUCAAGGAACAACUUCCGAUUCUAUGAUGGGGGAGGAUAUUACAGAGCCCUCCCAAGAUAUGUCCUCAGCAUGGGCAGAUAUUCGUCACAAGAGAGAGGAAGUGAAGGAGACAUUGACGGAUGCCGACUUGGAGAAGAUUGUUGACCUGACGCUGACAGAGACAGAGACUAUCUGGCUACUGGACAUGCCUGGGACCUCAGUGUCUACAGAGUCUGAGGAGGCAGCAGGGGUUAAAAAGAGGAACGAAGAAUACCUAGAGUUAAAGAAGACGAGAGUGGGGAAUGACAGGUAUGCCGAGAGAGGGAUGAACACAUUUAAUGAACCAGCCAAGUACAAAACAGUCCAAACAACAAAGAUUACAUGUGUAGACACAGGUGUCAUGGCAACAACUUGGGACAUGUACGACACAUUUGAACAGAGAGACCAAGAAAUCCGAGCAAAAGAGAAAGAGGAGGAAGAAGAAGGUACAAUCAGUCGACCGAGCAGUCCUAAGGAGACGGAGGAGGGUAAACCAGCCUCCAAAUCAGAUGUCGGGGAACCCACAGGGCUGCUCCGUGAAGACUCUGUAAAGCCUCUUGUGUCUGAGCGUCCCCCCACAGAGAGUCGCGCGACCAUGGCCUCCUCGGUGGCAGGAUCAGAGAGCGUAUUUGCCAGCAAAGAGACGGGAGUGUCCUCCAUCCCCACAGAUCUAUCAGCCGUGGAGGAGGAAAAAAUAUUCAAGUCAGAAAAUUUCCAGAGAGAUUUAUUUAUUAUGGAGCGGGUGGUUAAUCUGAACACAUAUCAACCCAAACAGGCCCUGUACAGGAACUUUACUAUCAUACCAGACAUGGACCGAGAAAGCACGGAGCUAGGAGACAAACAGGUCAGCAUGGUCAGUGACAUGGGGCCAAACUUUGACCGACUCUGGUCCUACUCCUGUAAACUGACCAAUGGGCGCAACAUCAGCUGUAUGUCUUGGAACAAGCUUAACCCAGAUCUGGUUGCUGUAGGAUAUGGAGAAUUUGAAUUCUCAGAUCAGAAGUCUGGCUUGAUAUGCUGCUGGUGUCUCAAAAAUCCUGAUUAUCCUGAGAGAGUGUAUGCCUGUAAGGAGGGGGUGACUGCUAUUGAUUUUUCCAAAGCCUACCCCAAUCUUCUGGCUGUUGGUAUGUAUGACGGAGGAGUCGCCAUUUACAAUGUCGCCAGCAACAAGGAUGAACCAAUCAUUGACAACUUCCACACCCCUGGUAAACACACAGCCCCGGUGUGGCACAUUAAGUGGAUCGAGAAGGAGCGGGGGUCAGGAGAGGAGACAUCGGAGGUGGUGGUCUCCAUCUCCACGGACGGACGCGUCACUCAGUGGUCCAUCAGGAAGGGAUUCGAGUGCUAUGACAUUAUGAAACUGAAGAGAAUGCCCACAAGAAUGGGAGGGAAAAAAGAGAAGAAGGGCGAGGCCUUUAUUUCCAGACAUGCGGGAGGAAUGUGCUUUGACUUCCACCCCAAAGAGCCAAACAUAUAUGUAGCAGGAACAGAAGAGGGCCAUAUCCACAAAUGUUCUUGUUCAUAUAAUGAACAGUAUCUAGAAUCUUAUUACGGACACACGGGUCCAGUUUAUAAGAUAGAGUGGUCUCCCUUUGUUAGUGAUAUCUUUAUGAGCUGCAGUGCUGAUUGGAGCAUCAGGCUGUGGCACCAGGAGAGAACUCAGCCAAUCCUUAACUUCUUCUCCUCUACUAAAUCAGUAUACGACGUAGUUUGGUCACCUAAAUCCUCAACGGUGUUUGCGUGUGUGAACGAGGGCGCAGUGGAGGUGUGGGACCUCAGUAUCAGCACGUUGGACCCAAUCAUCACCAACAACCCAACAUCAGGUGCCAAAAAGACCUCCGUCUCCUUCUCCAAGAACUCUGAUUGUAUACUGGUUGGAGACAGUAAAGGAGAAUUGACAGUGUAUCAACUUAGAAGUAUGCCAGAACCUCCAGCCAACCAGGAGGAUGCUUUGAGGAAUGUGAUCAAGGCUUCCCUGGCUAGUCAGCUACAACAGGAUCUUAAAAAGAAAGAAGAGGAGGCCAAGGAAUUGGAGCAGGAAAUUGAUGAGGACAUCUAGAGAAGAGAACAGAAUGGGUACAAUGGACCACAAAUCCAGCACCAAGAUCUGUGUCACAUGGCUUUACACAUGUAUAAAAACUAUAAGCAUACAUGUUACACUUCUUUCAUUUAAAUGAAAAAGACUCUUCUACGACCUUGAUCACAAGAAUGGGUUGUCAUUGUUUAUUUUGACAGUAUUUAUGAUGUAAUUUGAAAUACAAGACUGACUAUUGUUGGGACUCAUAUUUAAUGAAAAUUCCGUCCAAUCUUGUUUCUGAUAUUAAUGUACGAACAAAUUUUUCUUUGUAUUUCUCAUGUUAUUUUUACAAACUAUUAAAUUAAGAAUGCUA